CUCUUCCAUAAUGAGACACUUUAUAAGAGGCAGCCGGCUGUCAGCUCUCCGUCACACACACAGCCGCUUCAGGACACCACUCGCUCUUUCUACUCAGGCUUGUUGUUUGGACAAAAACUGAUUACCGCUUUCUUUUUUCCCCUUCCCGCUGUGAAUACUCUCUUAUCCAAACUCUUCUCUCGCAAAGAUGCUGCUGCUUCUCCUGGGCAUCGUCCUCCUGCACGUCGCCGCUCUGGUGCUCCUCUUCGUCUCCACCAUAGUCAGCGCGUGGACCUCGAGUGAUAUCGGCACCUCGGACCUGUGGACCAACUGCUCCAUCAUCAAUGGAGGCUACCGUUGUGACGGCGCCUCCACUGGAGAGUGGAUCCAGGCGGUCCAGGCCCUCAUGAUCCUGUCCAUCAUCUUCAGCUGCCUGGCGCUCUUCCUCUUCUUCUGCCAGCUUUUUACUCUGCAGAAGGGCGGACGCUUCUUCAUCACCGGAACCUUCCAGAUCAUUGCCAGUUUGUUUGUGAUGAGCGGCGCCAUCAUCUACACGGUGAUGAGUCCAGAGUGGGUCCCUGACACGGACGAGUUUGGUUACUCCUACAUCCUGGCGUGGGUGUCCUUCCCCAUGGCACUGAUCAGCGGCCUCAUCUACGUCAUCUUGAGGAAGCGAGAAUGAGCGCCGCCAUCCCCAUCGUAGCACUGACGUCAGCUACCCCACACCCCAACAACUACGCCGCCACUUGCCGACGCCCCCGAGCAAACCGACCGCGUCUCCGUUUCAAGAUGUAUAUAGUAUCUAUGGUUUAAAACCUAUUUAUAAUGUAACACUUUUACAUACGUGUACAUAGUUUUUGUGUUGCUCUGUCACGUGAGCUUGGUUCGCUUGAUUAAGUGCCUCUGUGUUUGUUUUGUUUUGUUUGUUCAUCUGCCAAAGGAUUAACAGUACAUUAACCAAAGUGCAUGUUUAAAACAGACUAGGAGGAUUAGCAAAUUGUUUUGUGUGUGCGUGUUUAGUUUGAAAAGAAGAGUGGUAAGUAAGCCAGGAGACAACAACAUUAAGCGAUAGAUCUGGUCCUUUUUUUUUUCUACGUGUGAGCUUUUUAUAUUUCUUUUCAACAAAAACAAAAGAUGGUGCUAUUAUUCUAUUAUAAAUAUUUAUCAUUCCUCUUCCAUCACGCCACUCGUGGGUCGGUCGGUGGACGUCGGAUUUCAAUCCAUUCAGUCAUUUGGACUAUCGGUAUUAGCUAGAACAGUACAGUACAAUAACAUGACGAUAUAAUCUGCGGCUUCUGCUUCGUAGCUUUCGUCUCAUUAUUUGCCCAUUUUUGUUUUUCGUUCUUUUUCCAUUGCGGCUUAUACCACUUUGUAUUUGUGACUGUUAACCACAUACGCAAGUUAGAUGCAAACAAAGGCCAAGUUGGCAAAGAAGAGCGCGACGUGGCCGCACGCAUACUUGAACUCCGCCGCACAACAACAUUGUGUCGUAAACGUUGUGCCUAACGAAACCAUGCACACGCCUUAACUCCAUCGAAAAUUGAAAAGUCAUGAUAAACUAGCUAGCGCUGAUGUAUUCUGCCGAGAAAAGGGACUGAAGUCGCAUUAAUUACUUGAUGCAUGUGGGAAUAAACAGAUUUCACACACACACACACACACCUACACACACAACACUGCACUACCAGGGCUGCAAACGUGAAAAUAAAAGCUAAUUUUGAACCAUUUGCCUUGUAUUAAUCUGUGAGCUGUGAGCUAUACUGUACAACAAAGCUGCCGGCACUAUCAAGGCACUAAGCGGCAGCCAUCUUGCAUCGAUACAUCUAUUGUAUAAUGUUCAGUGUGGAUCCAGUUAGAAGAGACUUGGCGCUCUGAUGACGACUGCCCGGCUAUUUUGCCGCGGGUGCUUUGCGUGUGCGCGUGUCGUGUAUUGUCUCAUGUUUACACUCAUGUGUAGCGUUCGCCGUGUUACCAAAGCUAACUGUGAUUUACAGCGUAAUCAAUAAAGAGGACCUCUCUGACCACCAAAAAA